AUGCGGGAUUUCUAAUUUCAUUGCGGACGUUUUGGAUGGGUGGGUUAAAAGUAUAAGUGCCAUUUAGACGUUUCCGUGGUAAGUUAGUAGAAUAUAGUACCGAAACUGAUUUACUAUUUCAAAAAUUUACUCCUUUUGGGCAUUCUCGAUUGCAUAUAUUUAAUAAAUAAAAUCGGUAGAGUAAGAAAAAUAAAAUUUUAUUUAAUAAUUAUUUCUGCUCUAAGUAUUUUAGAAACUAAUAAUUUUGUGCACCAAUGGAUUUUUUUUGGCCGGUAUCGGACAAACCAAUCAGUCGCCGUUUACUUCUGUUGGUUAAAUUCCGAAAGUGUGAGAGAGAUUAAAAGAUAAUUUUUAUAUUUACCAAUUUUUCUGCUCUAAUUAUUUCUGAUAUUAUCACCUUCUGUAGCUCUACAUUAAAUUCUUAUAGAGACAAGACGAGCCAUACUAAUUGGAACGCUUUUUAUUGAAAAAGGAUCAGAUCACUCGUCCAGCAAUGCACGCUUCAAUUUUUUUCACCAUUCUGUCUAUCGUGAUGCAAAGCUAUACAUAUGCAACGAAAUGCAAUGGGUUUGAAGAACUCUGUGAUUUAAACAUUAUGCAAGUUACUUUGGCAGGAACGCAUAAUUCCGGAGCAGGUUUUGAUAGCCAUUUAAACUAUCAUUCAUUUUUGGGGAAAAUAAAAGCAGUCAGCUGCUGGUAUCGCAAUCAAGACAAAAGUUUUUAUGGUCAACUUGAUCUUGGCAUUCGGUAUUUUGAUAUUGAUUCUUGUUUGGAAGACUAUUAUGAUCCGAAAGGUGCAUGGAUAUGCCAUGCUGAUGCUUAUGCAGGUUCAAUUAAGAAAAUGAUCAGCCAAAUUGACCGUUGGAUGAACGAAGAUGGGCAUGAAGAGGAAGUGAUAGUGAUCCAUUUUAAUCGGGAUUUCGCUUCAGAGGAUAGCGACAAGACAGCAAAAGACAUCAUUCGACAACUUGAAGGAACGUGGAUCCACUCCGACUCCUCCAAGGUUGCCAUUCAACCAUCAAAAUAUGCGAAAUUAGGUUCGGCAGUAAAUCAAAACAAACGCAUCUAUAUCAUCAUGCAUAACGAUCUUUUAAAACAUAAUCAUAAAAAUUGGGCCAUACCACAUUGGAAAGUGGGUUACACAUGGACCAGUAUGACGUUCAUCAAUUCUAAUGGUUGUCAUAAUUUGGUCAAAAGUAUGGGAAAAGACAGAUGUACAAGAGAGGCAUCAAGAAAUUUUGUCCGAUAUGAUUUGUACCUUUCUUCCGGUCUAUGCACUUGGGAUAUGGCUUCUCAUUGCAAUCAACACAUACAAGAAGGUCUUAAUAGGUGUUUCAGUGGAACUAAGACUAAACACAAAACAGUGAAUUUCAUCGUUGUCGAUUAUGCAGACAAACGUGUGAUAGAAGGUGCACGGAAACAAAAUAUAAAAAAUAUUAAAAUGUAUUUAGGAAAAGAUGUGACUAAGUGAUAUCUUAUAUUAAAUAUUUUAAUUUCUUCACAUUAAAAAUGUAGUUAUUUUAGU